CAUCAGGAGCCUAGUUGGCAGUGAAAGUUUCUCUUAUUUUUUAAAAAUCUAAAUUAAAUAAAUUUGGAAAGAUGAACGAGCAAGACAUUCCAAUUGACAUUCACGUAAAUAAAUUAUCGGACUGGCUUGUUAGUCGUCGUAUAGCUGACAAGAAUUGGCAGAAGAAUAUCAAAGAUGUGAGAAAUAAAAUUAAUGAAGCAAUUAAGGAUAUGCCAGGGAAUGAGAAGUUGAUUGAGCUGCUGUCGGGGUCAUACAUCAACUAUUUCCACUGCCAGGAGAUCAUCGACAUCCUUAAAAUGACCGAAAAAGAAUCUAAAAACAUAUUUGGAUCAUAUUCAUCCCAACGAAUGAAAGACUGGAUAGCAGUUAUCAAGUCCUACGAGAAAGACAGUUUAUACUUAGCAGAAGCAGCACAACUUUUAGCCAGAAAUAUCAACUAUGAAAUUCCGAGUGCCCGUAAACAAAUGACAACAUUAGAAAAAUUAUCGAAUGAAGCAUUGACAAAGUCACAAGAUGCUGUAAAGUCUGAGAAUGUCUUAAAGAAUGAAUUUAAUAUUGCAUGUCAGCAACUUGGCAUUAAAGGAGAGAACAUCAAACAGGAACUGGUCGAGAAGAUCAAAGACUUACCCGAUAUGCAGGAUAAAAUAGUUAAAAAUUUAAUUCCAGACAUCAAAAGUUCUGUGACUUUAUAUCAAAAUUUCUGUGGCAACAAGCAUUGCUUGCCGGUCAUUAAGCACUUGAUUGAGAAAGGAAAUACAACAGUUUAUGAAUAUAAAUACAAUGAAGCACCAAUUAAGGUUGAAGAACCACCAUUGCCAUUCAGUCUUACUGAUAAUGCUGAUAACUCAAAUGAAGACAGUGCAAUUGACUUUGGGGAUGAUGAAGGUGUUGAUUUCGGAGAUGACGAUGCAAAUGCAGAAAUCGAUUUUGGUGGAGAUGCUGAAGUGAAUUUAGAAGUUGGUGAGAUUAAUUGGGGCGAUGAUGCAGAAAGUCAAGAUGCAAAUGAAAUUGACUUCAACAUAUCACUGGAAGGAAGUGGAAUUGUCAUUGAAUCAGACGGUAUGAGUGGUGGUAUUGCCAAGAAUGAUGAGGCUUAUACCUUAUUUGAUUCCCCAAACUACCGUGACAGUUUACUCGAUGAGCUUUAUGAGCUUGAAUCGUUCCUUAAACUUAGACUUUAUGAGCUCUCAACAAGUGACAAAAAUCAUGUGAUUUCAAUGUCUUUGCUCGAUCAUGACACAGAUCAUGAUGCCAAGAGUAUCAAUAAUAUGGUCAAAAAGAUUGAUGCAGUUCUAGCUGCAUUGACAGCAUCAACUUAUAUGCAAAUUUAUCAGAUCAAACACUCACCGAAAUUUGUUGAUAUUUUGUCAAAUAAAUUAAAACAAAAGCUACGUGGUAUUGAAAAAUUCAAGCAGAAUCAAGUUUCGUAUAAGAAUAAAUCAGUGGAAUUAAAAGAAUGUGCAGCUGGGUUGGUACCAAACCUGACAAAAAUGAUUGAACAAACUAAAGGUCUUCUGAAACAUAUCGAGAAAGACAUUUCAAAGCGCUACAAAAACCGGAUCGUUAAUCUUAUUGGAGCUAACCUUUAAUCAGCGAACGGAUCGA